UAUAAUCGCAUUUCACUCCCGUCCUAAGGUCUGACUCAGUCUCCGGCGAGUUCGACUCGGAAAUCAAAGACACUCCGAGAAAGUCGAAUUAUUUCCCUCUCUCUCUAUCUCUUUAUCUCGAUCGUGGAUCCAAAAAAAAAAACCCAGGAGGAGACAACGAGAAGAAGAUGAUGACAUACCGAGGACACGAGAUGGAGCAACGAGAAGAAGCGCAAGCUUACCAUCGGAAGCCAACGAGGCCGUGGUUCGUAGCGGCCCGUCCGAUCCGAUACAUGCUCCGGGAACAGAGACUGGUGUUCGUUCUCGUCGGCAUUGCAAUCGCCACAUUAGGAUUCGCAGUCUUCUCUCGAUCCCCAAGCCGACCGAUUGAUCAUCUUUCCGGAUACGGCAUGAGAUCGUCGGAAUCAUCAUCGUCGUAUAUGCCGGCGGCGGAGACGAGAAAACGAGGAAGCAUCGAGUACUACAGGAGCGGGAUCGGAUCGGCGGGAGGGAAAAUCCCACUGGGGCUGAAGCGGAAAGGGCUAAGGGUGGUGGUGACCGGUGGGGCCGGUUUCGUGGGGUCACACCUGGUGGACCGGUUGAUGGCUCGAGGGGACAGCGUGAUCGUCGUCGAUAACUUCUUCACGGGGCGUAAGGAGAACGUGAUGCACCAUUUCGGGAACCCCAAUUUCGAGCUCAUCAGGCACGACGUGGUGGAGCCUCUCCUUCUGGAGGUUGACCAGAUCUACCAUCUCGCAUGCCCUGCUUCUCCUGUUCACUACAAAUUCAACCCCGUCAAGACCAUCAAGACCAACGUCGUUGGAACGUUGAACAUGUUGGGUCUGGCCAAGCGAGUCGGCGCCAGAUUCCUCCUCACCAGCACCAGCGAGGUCUACGGAGAUCCUCUGCAACACCCUCAGGUCGAGACUUACUGGGGCAACGUUAAUCCCAUCGGUGUUCGGAGUUGUUACGACGAAGGGAAACGUACGGCAGAGACUUUGACCAUGGACUACCACAGAGGCGCUAAUGUUGAGGUUAGGAUUGCUCGGAUCUUCAAUACCUAUGGCCCAAGGAUGUGUAUUGAUGACGGUCGAGUGGUUAGCAACUUCGUUGCGCAGGCAUUGAGAAAAGAGCCAUUGACUGUUUAUGGUGAUGGUAAGCAGACAAGGAGUUUCCAGUUUGUCUCUGAUCUCGUGGAGGGUCUGAUGAGGUUGAUGGAAGGAGAACAUGUCGGGCCUUUUAACCUCGGUAACCCUGGUGAAUUCACCAUGCUCGAGCUCGCUAAGGUGGUUCAAGAGACGAUUGACCCGAACGCAAAGAUAGAGUUUAGACCAAAUACAGAGGACGACCCACACAAGAGGAAACCAGACAUCACAAAGGCCAAAGAGCUUCUUGGUUGGGAACCAAAGGUUGCUCUACGCCAAGGUCUCCCACUUAUGGUCAAAGAUUUCCGUCAACGUGUCUUUGGCGACCAAAAGCAGCUUUCCACUUCUUCGUCGUCGACAGAAUAAAACCAACAAAAAAAAACCAACUACUACUAGUUUUUACUUACCGCUUUAAGCUCUCUUUAUAUAAACCAACAGGAAUCGAUCAUAGAGAGAGGACAGCCUCUGUUUCUUUUCAUUUAUUUUCCCCCUUUCCUUUCUUUGUUAUUUUUUGAUAUCCAUUUUGCUACUCAGUGUCAAUGUAGUGGAGAUCGGACCUCACACCCGAUUUUUAAUUAAUCUUCUUUAUGUUUUA